AAUAAUCCUCAUCCACUGAACCAUGAUACAGACAUAUUUUUACACAAGUGAUGCUGAGGAGAAAAAAAAGGGAUGCAGAAUGAGCCGUUAAAAAAAGGAAGCAUGAGAGAGGAGAUAAACAGACCUUGUUUGUCAAGCGAGCAACAUCCACUCAUUACGACUAUCAAAAGAUGCGCGUAUGUAAGCUGCAGGUUGCCUUUAAAGUGAGCCUCACAGCGGAUGGGAAGUCAGUGGAUGUGCUGGAGGAGGUUGAUAAGAGGAAGCGCGGCUUGUGCACGCUGCAAUUCUGAUCAGAAUAUGGCCACUUGGGCCAAACGGGAGCAAACCAAAACCCAAUGGCCUCACGUACGGUUACCGUGUGAGUCAAAGGAGAACACGACGUUCACCUGAGCCGUGUGUUGAAAAGGAGGGUCGUUUGUUCGUAACAAAUGCAGAUCUUAAAAUUGCAUGAAAAAGCAAAUGAUCAUGCAAACAGCAGCUAAAUAUAACACGAGUGAAUGAAAAGGCUUUUAAUAAAAGUAAUGGUUAAGCUCAAUAUAACAGAGAAGCUUAUCAUCGCUGUGAAUAAAUCAUAGUGUGAGAUUGUAUCUAAAAGAUGGAAAAAAUCAAUAUAAUUAUGUAAUAAGGUUACUUCCUCCUCAUGUUUCCCCAAUGGACAACAUUGAACAGCGUUUUCUUCGACACAGCUGUGCUUUUAUCGAGCGUGUCAGCUGAACCAUAAACACCGACAUCACUUUGGUCUUUUAAAACAGUGAUGGUUUUUGUUCGCAGUUCCUUAUAUACGUAAACCACAGAGAAGCUAUAAAUACCACUCCCCUCCGAGAAGAACCACAUUUACUGUUCUCUGAAACCAGCCCAACCGAAGAGAUUAGACGUUCAUUUUAACUGCGACAUCAUUAAAUAAUAACAUCAAAUAGAAAACAAUACAAAUGUAAUUUAUAUUGAGCAGCAUUUGAAAACUUUGCCCCGUGUUUUUUUUUUUAUUAAUUUGCACAUCAUAAAGAUAAACAGGCAGUCACAAACAUGAAGCUGGGAAUGAUAAACGGCGGCAGAUGUGAAGCAAUUACCACCAAUAAAGAUGCAAAAUAGGAGUACAUUUACUUGAUUGACUUGCCUUUGACGUAGCAAGUAGCACAUUAUGGCCGUUAUUAAGGAAGUAGCAGGCGGGGCAAAGGUCUCUGUGGUUGAACAAGGCCAAAAAGGAGAAGCAGUUAUUUACUUAGCCACUUGCCAAUAUGAGAAGGGAGCAGAGGUUGCAGAAGGAGGACGGGGUUAAGAAUUAAAAGGCAACAAAAUAAAGUUAAUAUUGGACGCGUCAGGUUGUUUCUUCGGCUGCCUCAAGUGUUGUUGUUUCUGUCAACACACCCAUGGACGCACAGAGAGCCGGCACGUAAAGGAUCACUCGAGAAUACAAAGGGAUUUUUCAAAGUUCAUAGAAUGUGUGACGCUUGACAGAAGUUCACAGCGAUGAAGCCUUUUUCUUUCAAAAUCACCCCAGAACACUUUCUGCUGUGCGUUUCCGUCAGUCUGCUCUGGGUCUCAAACGCUGCGGUGCAAACAUCGGUCAUGACCGCAAAAGCAAUGGCCACGGUCACAACAGCUACACAAACAACAACGCCCACAACAAAAACACCCACAACACCAACGGCCACAACAACAACGGCCACAACACCUCUUCUAACGACAAAAAAACCCCCUGGUAAUGUUAAUAAUGUGACUGUAUCGGCUCGAAAUGAGACCAGCAUAACUUUGAAGUGGGAGAAGGUUGGUGGCAUCCCAACAUACUUUCUACGAUCUGAGGCGAUGACUCCCAUGGACGUCCCUGUCUAUGAUACAACGGGAGGGUCAUCAGUCGAAUAUGUGGUCACUUCUCUGACUGCUGGGAAGAAAUACAACUUCACCAUCAUCACCACGUUUGAGGGAGCAAACAGCACUGGAUUCUCAUAUGAAGCUGUCACAGCUCCUGGUGACGCUAAAGGGUUAAAGACGCUGGGUCAAACUGAGACCAGUAUCACUCUGCAGUGGGAGAAAGUGAACGACAUCCUCCAGUAUAAACUGGUUUUCAAUGGAAAGCCAAUAAGCAUCAAUGCAUCAGGGGAAGGAGACUAUGUGAAUCACACACUCUCAAACCUCACAUGUGGCACCAGAUACAACUUCACUCUUUUCACCCUGUUUGAUCAAUUGAACAGCAUGGGAGUCAAUAGCAACGCCGUCACUGUUCCUUGUAACGCUAAAGGGUUAAAGACGCUGGGUCAAACUGAGACCAGUAUCACUCUGCAGUGGAAGAAAAGGGACAACAUCCUCCAGUAUAAACUCGUUUUCAAUAAAACGGAGAUAAACGUCACUGCAACAGGGGGAGACUAUGUGAAUCACACGAUCCCAAACCUCACAUGUGGGACCAGAUACAACUUCACUCUUUUCACCCUGUUUGAUCAAUUGAACAGCAGGGGAGUCAAUGGCAACGCCGUCACUGUUCCUUGUAACGCUGAAGGGUUAAAGACGCUGGGUCAAACUGAGACCAGUAUCACUCUGCAGUGGAAGAAAAGGGACGACAUCCUCCAGUAUAAACUGGUUUUCAAUAAAACGGAGAUAAACGUCACUGCAACAGGGGGAGACUAUGUGAAUCACACGAUCCCAAACCUCACAUGUGGGACCAGAUACAACUUCACUCUUUUCACCCUGUUUGAUCAAUUGAACAGCACGGGAGUCAAUAGCAACGCCGUCACUGUUCCUUGUAACGCUAAAGAGUUAAAGACGCUGGGUCAAACUGAGACCAGUAUCACUCUGCAGUGGAAGAAAGUGGACAAAAUCCUCCAGUAUAAACUGGUUUUCAAUCAAACGGAGAACAAUGUCACUGCAACAGGGGGAGACUAUGUGAAUCACACAAUCCCAAACCUCACAAGUGGGACAAGAUACUACUUCACUCUCCUCACUGAAUUUGGAAAUGUCACAAGCAGCGGAGUGACCUACAGUGCAUCCACUGUUCCCCCCCCAGUGACUUCGGUCAAUGUGACUAAACGCUCUGCGACCAGCGUAACCCUGCAGUGGCAGACGGUCAACCAAGACUGGGAGUACAAUGUGAACGGGACAGCCUUCCAACUCUCCCCGAGUACAACGGGUAGCGUCUCCCAUUCGUUCUCUUCCCUCACGCCCGGAACGCUGUAUAAUUUCAGCGUGGUCACGACGUUCUCUGGGCUCCACAGCAGGCCGUACGAGGACUUCACGGUGACGGCCCUGCACUGCUCCUGGAACGUCACUAACUCAUCAAUCCAAGGAGCUAUCACAGGCCUGUUCUCCAAGGCAACGGCCACUAACGGGACGCAGAAUGUCAACAACUCAGGAAGCCCCAACGUGCUGUUCGCCGGCCUCUGGCCCGGUGCGACCUACCAGGUUUCUCUCGUGUACGAAAAACAAUCCAGAUCCUUUCUUCAGUGCCGCCACAACGUGACAAUCCUUCCUUCGUAUUUGACCGCUCACUGUGAGCACGUGGACGCUGGCUACUCUGUCUACGUCGUCUGGAGUGAACCGCGUGGCGUGUGGACGUCGGUGGAGGUGAACGUGAGCGGGCAUAUGCAAAGCGUGCUCCCAAAUGAGAAACAAGAAGUCAAGAUAACCGGAUUCCAACCUGCCAGGAACUACGAGGUGUCUUUACAUUCAAAGUCUGGGCAGCGAAGCAGUGGGGAACCAUUUGUUUUUUCAUGUCUCACUGAUCCGAGGGGAGUCAUCGCAGGGGCAGUAUUUGCUGUGCUGAUCUUUUGUCUCCUGGUCUUUUUGGCUGUCUUCAUUUUUUUUAAAAGACCAGAUAUCAUCAGCAGAAAAAAUCCAUUCAUUGGCGGCACCAGACAAUCCAUUAAAAAGAUCAAGGACAUUUCCGUGGCAAAGUUUCCAGAACACUUCUACCAAUUGAGUAUGGAUGAAGGCAGAGGUUUCAGUGAGGAAUAUGAGAGCCUGGUUUCCGUCGGCAUGGAGCAAACAAAAGCGGCGGCUCUUCUACCCCAGAACAAACCGAGGAACCGCUUCAACAACGUCCUGCCGUAUGACUGGUGUCGGGUGAAGCUGAGUACACUCAACCCCAACGAAGCUUCCGACUACAUCAACGCCUGUUACAUGCCGGGCUACAAAAGCGACCGGGAUUACAUCGCCACCCAGGGUCCGCUGCCCGCCACCGUGAGCGACUUUUGGAGGAUGAUCUGGGAACAAAGAGUAAAAGGCAUCGUCAUGGUAACCAACUGCACCGAGGGAGGACGGACUAAGUGUGAGCAAUACUGGCCUGCAGACAGAAAGCCUUGCUCUCACGGAGAGCUGUCGGUCAGCACCCGAUUCGAGCAGAAGGAGCCCAACUGGACACUGAGGGAGUUUAGGGUGAAACAUAGGCAUUACUCAGAGGAGCGCACCGUGAGACAUUUUCACUUCACGGCCUGGCCCGACCACGGAGUCCCGCAGGGCACAGGCGUCCUGAUCCAGUUCAGAGGGCUGGUGAGGCGGCACAUCGAGGGGGAAGGUGCUGAAGCGCCAACCGUGGUGCACUGCAGUGCCGGAGUGGGGAGGACCGGCACUAUCAUCGCUCUGGAUGUGCUGCUGCAGCAGCUGGAGAGAGAAAGAGCCGUGGGAAUCAACGCCUUCGUGCGCAAGAUGAGACUGAGCCGACCACACAUGGUGCAGACGGAGUCACAGUACGUCUUCCUGCACCAAUGCAUCAUGGACUGUCUGCAGAAGGACGAGGAGGCCGAAGAGAACAUAUACGAGAACGCAGAAAUGAUUUACACCAACGCCACUGCGCUCCGGGAGCUGACAAGAGCCUAAACUGCAAGAUCGCCAGCGCAGAAGUCAGUCUGACUAAUUAUAGACUCAAUGCUUUAUUUUUGUUAGAAACUGUGAAUAUGCAAAAAUGUAAGUCUUAUAUAUUUACUGUAGAUGAAUGGUCAGUUUUAUUUAACCUGUAAACGUGUGCUCCUCCAUCCACAAAAUAUACAUCGUUAUUGUUCUUAUUA